CUGAAAGUAUACUUCUGUGCAUCAUGACGACUUCGGAUAAAAGCAGACCUUCUAGCUUUCUCGUUAUUUGUUGCCUUUGUACAACUCUUUUGAGCGUGGUGUGCUACAGUGUUAGUUUUAUGAGAAUGGCUGGGGAGCUGAGGGCACAAAACGAAAGAAUUCUUGCUCUAGAGGAAAACCGGAGGAAGGCAACAACAGAUAUUCCGCUUCCCAAACCUUCGACUCCAGAAAUCCUUGACGUUCAGCCCCCUAGCUCUUCAGCUCAGAAGAGAAACCCGCGGGCCGCUGAUAGUCCCGCGAAGGGAGACAAUGGGGUUUUAUCCCCUAAAUUUAUUCGGCAAAUUACAAAAUCUGUUUACGCUGCAACGCAUAAGAUCUGCACAAGCAAAAGUCAGAUUUGUAUCAAGGGUCAAAAGGGGGAGCCUGGAGAUUGGAACUCAAUAUCUCCAAAUUCUCUCCAACCUGUCAAGGGGGAAGCGGGGGGUGUUGUUACUGCCCCUGGGAUUCAAGUGACACCGGCCGUAAGCACCGUUGGCUUGAGCGAGACCGUCGCGUUUCAGUGUUCUCCAGAGAAGAACGUUGUCGCAGUAAUUUCCUGGUCCAAGGAGGAAGGCUCCCUUCCCGCUGGAAGAUACUUCAUCGUCAAGGGAGCGCUCUAUAUCAGGAAUACCACAGUCGGUGACCACGGGAUGUAUGUGUGUACAAUUCGUACUGACCAGGGGACCGCUCAGGCUUCUGUUACACUUAAUGUCAAAGCUCGGCCGCUCAUCUCUCUUCCAGCUGGACCCUUGCUCGCCGAGAGUGGGAAAGAUGUAAAGCUCCCUCAAUGCCAGGUCAUCGGAUAUCCCCCUCCGGUGGUAUCUUGGACGAAACUGUUUGGCCAACUUCCCGGUGGAAGAACCAUUGUACAGGGCCACACCCUGACCAUCACAAAGGCAGACAAGAAAGAUUCAGGAACCUACAUCUGCACGGCGUCGAAUGCCAUGGGUACAUCACACUCCAUAACAUCUCUGGUAGUCAAUGUUAUGCCUCAGUUUACUGUCAAGCCACCAGAGAAGGUUGAGCUUUACCAUGGACAGUCUGUGACACUCAACUGCUCUGCAGACGGACACCCAGUACCCAGGAUCACCUGGACACGGUGUAAAGGAGACAUACCAGCAGACCGGUCUGAAGUGGGAGGAGGACAACUGAAGAUAAACAGUUUGACGGCGAAGGACAGUGGAACGUAUAUCUGCUCCGCACAGAGUGAGUUUGUUCAUCGGGAGACUGAGGUGCAACUGAUUGUGAAAACAGCCCGAGAUUGCGCAGAGCUUCUCUCUGCUGAUUUCAAGGAAAGUGGAGUGUACACAAUCAACCCAGCAAACAAGGCCAGCUUUGAAGUGUACUGUGACAUGAAGACCGAUGGUGGUGGAUGGACCGUCUUUCACAAGCGCUUCAGUGGUUUCGUUGAUUUCAACAAGGACUGGGACGAGUAUAAGAAUGGGUUUGGUUACGUCAGAGGAGAGUUUUGGCUUGGAAACGAAAAGAUUCAUCAACUGACUGAGAUUCCGAGUCAACUGAGGGUGGAAAUCAACACCACAUCGGCUGGAAAUAGAUACGCCAAAUAUAAUAAUUUUACGGUAACAAAUGAGGCAACCAACUACACGCUAUUCGUGGGGUUGUAUUCGGGUAAUGCUGAUAAUAGGCUUAGGCCUCAUAAUGGUAAGUCUUUUUCCACUAAAGACAGGGAUAAUGACGAGUCCAGUGGGCACUGUGCUCAGGGCAAUGGUGGAGCAUGGUGGUAUUAUUCCUGUUCUAGUUGUUACCUGAACAGUAAUUACGGAAACCCCUAUUAUUGGACCUGGCACUAUCUCAGGGGAAGCCAGAUGAAACUAAAACCAAAAUCCCCAUGA